CUCCCUUCUACCUCAGAAUGAAGCUCCCCUGUGUGACCCUGGGUGCUCUGCUCCUCCUGCUGCCGGCUGGCCAUGGAGGCACGGAGACCUCUGCUAUUGACCUGCGCACCUUCAUCGGUUGUGCCGUGCGUGAGUUCACCUUCGUGGCCAAGAAGCCUGGCUGCAAGGCACUGCGGAUCACCACGGAUGCGUGCUGGGGACGCUGCGAGACCUGGGAGAGGCCAAUACUGCAGCCGCCUUACAUUGAAUCUUACCACCGUGUCUGCACCUACAAUGAGACCAAGCUGGUGACAGUGAUGCUGCCCAAGUGUGCCCCUGGAGUGGAUCCCUUCUACACCUACCCAGUUGCCAUACGCUGCAACUGUGACUUCUGCUCUACGGCCACCACUGAGUGUGAGACUGCCUGAGCUCUCCUUCCCCAGGUCAAGUUCCUCCCUGGCUCUACACCCCUGCUGUCUCAGAGGGUGUGGGUCAGCCCAGAAUUUGGUCUCACCAUCUAAUGCUCCUAAUCAUCGGCUUUUCUGGCAGAUGAGGUUUAGUUCCCUCUUCCCUUUCUGUAGAAACGUAGAACGCAGCCUUAUAAUAGCAAAUCCUAUGGAAGAAAAAUUGAUGCUGUUUCCCUUCCUUCCAGGCUCUACAUAGAGUGGGACCUUUCCUCAUGCACAAAGUACACAUGGACUGAAUAGUCACAGAGGGGUUGGAAACAGGCCAUAAAUGCAUGACAGCCAGUAGAACAGCCUUUAUUCUUUUUAGUUUUAGUACCUUCCCAGUAAUGUAAGAAUUACCAGCAUUUCCCCCUCUUGCCCCUUCUGCUCUUCUAACGCUGAGAUCUGUCAAAAAUAUCUGUCAAGGAAAAGGCUGUACAGCCAAUAAAAUGGAAAUGGGUAUCAAAUCACAACAUUGAAAUUACACCCUAAGCCCUAACUCAGCCAAGUACUUGAUUAAUAUCUGUGGACUUACAGUUAAGUGCGUAUUUCAGUGAUUUGCUUAAUUGGAGCAUUUCUGCUGAAAAAAAUCUUGCCUUACAAGAGAUGACUUCUUAAAAAACAGAAAGAAGCACAUUAAAUGUGUAAUGCUUUUGUCCAGGACUGUCCAGAAGAAGAACUGGCUUCAUGUAAAACCAGAGAGGCUCUGCACAACCCUAAAGUCCUCUCUUGACAAUUUCCAGAGUUAGAGGGACCAAGCCAAAAUGUAGUGCUUGUGGUUCAGUUUCAGCAAGCCUUGGCCAAGGUAAUGGGAAAGAGGGGGCUAUGGGGGUGUUUCCCACACUUCCCUUCACUGCUCAACCAGACAGGGACUUGCUUCUCAGGAGAUGCAGAGAAGGCAGAUGGAAGUGCUCAUGGGAGGGCUGAGGAGUUGUCUGAUAGCAAAUAAUGCAGCCAGCACGGGUGGGACAGGCCCAGGGCAGGGAAAGCAGCAGACAUGCCAAAGGCUGGUCCACACCACCUUCUUCAGAGCCACUGUUUAUAGACUGGGGGAUGCAUGGGAGCUGCUGCAGCAUCCCCCCUCUGGUGACCACAGCUGUGUAAGUGCCUUAGUCCUCCAACUCCCACCUGGAGGAGGACAGAUUCAUGUUCAUCCCUCAUUUCUCCCCCUUGAACAAAAUAGGAAAUGAUGUGAAAACAUCAAAAUUUGGCCAAGUGCAAGAGAGUCACAGGAGCUUACAAACAAAGACAACUCAGACAGCCAUUAGCAGAGAACUGCUGCUGAGAGAAUGUCAGCACCUGCCUUCCGCUCUGAUUAAGUGUCUUCUGGAUGCAGUUCCUCCAUUCCCACAGUUGUGUGCCUGAAACUUCCCCAGGUGCCUUAUCCUCCUUGAGACAGAUCUUUUUGUUUUUAAUCUGAUCUGCAAUGUAUUAGUUGCUGUCAUGUUUUGUCGGUGGAACUGUGAAAGUUGCCCUGUGGCUAAGUGGAAAGGAGAACAUUUUAUCAUCUGCCUUCAGUAGCUCUGAAUUCCAUGUCAAACAGCAGCAGAAGCAGUUUUCUGGUGAUGGUGAGUAUAACUGCCUUUAAGGACCUUAAAAAAGUCCUUCUGUUUUCUUUCAAAUUGCAUCUCUCUAAUCUUGUUAUUGUUUUAAGCAGCAUCACAGCUAUUAUGGAAAACCUACAAAUUAUUUUGUGUCCUUAAUAAAACCCCCAUAUUGUAUUAUGGAUGCAAUUUACAUCAAUGAGUCCUUCUUUAUUGAUGCAUAAAGCUUUCUCACACAGAAUAUAUGUCAGCUCCUACAAACUCUUUGCCAGAGCUGUGAACACCUGCAAAAUAUCUCCUCGAUCCUAAUGCAAAGUCAUUUCCUUUGCUGGAUUUCUUUUACAGAGUCUGGCUGUGCCAUAAUUUUAGGAUUAGAAAUGGGAUUCCAAAGUGACAACUUCCUUCCAUUGCAACAAGCGAGAAAUACAGGCUGUACCCAGAUAUGGGGAGGCAGUAGAAACCUUAAGCAAGUGUUUGGAAGAAAACACUGCACGAUGUGAAGGAUGGUUUUGAUUGAUGUAGCAGAAUCCACACUUGGGAGGCGGAAGGGGAGGUGUGGGAAGAAUGUAUUGACUGAAUCUCUGCUAACACUUCUGGAUGGUCUUUUAUGGAGAAGAGCAAAAGUGAAUGGAGAUGCUGUGGAUUUACUGUGAAUGUACAUCCUUUCAUACAAUGAUAGAAUCAGAGAAUGGUUUGAGUUGGAAGGAACCUUACACACUAUCCAGUUCCAACUCUCUGCCAUGACUAGGGGCACCUCUCACCACAUCAGGCUGCUCAGGGCCCCAUCCAACCUGGUCCAAUAUAAAUGCCCUGGAUGGGGCAUUUACAGCUUCUCUUCAUUCUUGUUGCUGGUCAUUGCAAAUCUCAGGCUUUUUUUUUUUUUAAGUCUUAUGCUAGUAGGUUUUCAUUGUGGUAAAUUUUCACUAAUUUUGAUACUUGGAAUCAUUGAUUACUCCCUUCACCUGAACACCGACCAGAAGCACCAGGCAGAAAUCUUCAUAAACUGCCACGAAGACCACUUGAAAGGUUUAAUCUGUCAUGACUUCCACUACCUAAAACAAGAGAAAGAAAUCAUGCCCUACGUGUAGAAGGGAACUUGAUGUCCCUGUGAGAAUGGUACUUGCAGAGCGGCCAGAGAGAAUGCCUGAGUGUUGAGCCAUUCCCAGCUUGAAAUACUGCUGUAGCCAAAGAAGGAAGGUGGUUGCACCUACUUGCUGAGAAAGGAGAAGGUGCAAAUAUGGAAAAAGCAUGACUGUACAAGUUGGAUCUCGGCACUGCCAUCAACACGCCAGGUGAGAAGGGGCAAACCAGUGGAAUUAUCUGUGCCUCAGUUUCCCUUCUGGACAGUGGGAGUGACAGCCAUUUUUCUUCCCCCAGUGCAUUUUGAAGAAGGCUGUGUCUCUCUUGUUCCCUCUGCUUCUUGGAUUUGUGUCCCUCUUCCAAUGUGAACAGCAGUAAUUGCAGUCACGCAGUGCUUUCAUAGAAUCAUAGAAUCACUCAAGUUAGAAAAGACCUUAAAGAUCCUCGAGUCCAACCACAACCUAUCUAUACUACCCUAACAACCCUCUGCUAAAUCAUGUCCCUGACCACCACAUCCAAAUGGUUUUUAAACACAUCUACCUCCCCGAGGAGCCUAUUCCAGUGCUUAGCAACUCUUUUUGUAAAGAAGUGUUUCCUGAUAUCCAACCUAAACCUCCCCUGGUGCAACUUGAGGCCAUUUCCCCUUGUCCUAUGCAAUUUGCUUUAGUCCAGUCAGAGGUGGGGGUACUGUUCAGGAAUGGUGGUGGCUAUGGUCUCAAUGUGAAGACUAGACUAGCUGGCUGAUGGAAUAGUUUCUGGCAUGGAAAUGAAAAGCUGGGUAAUGAAGACAGCAUCUCCCUUCUUCCCCUCCCCUCCUUGAUAUUUUGUGUUGAGUUUUGAGAAGAGAUAGUCAUAUUCUUCAUUCCAGUGCUGCCUUUAAGGACUAUCUUUCCUCAUGUAAUUUCUUCAGCCCUCUAACCAUGUCCUUUCUUUCUUGCCUCUCCCUGUCUUGUCUCACAUCUGAGCCAAGUCUUAGGCAGCUCAUCAUCUUCAGUGCCACUGCUAUGGGUUUGUUUGAAGGUUUUGUUGUCCACGUGUUGGGUUUGUUAGAUGGUUACAACCUCCUCUCAAAGCUCCCAACACUUGGGUUAAUGCAUUUCCUAGCUGCUUUACCAAGAGAGCUCCUGUGUCUACAAGGCCAGAACAUACUGGCUUCUCUCUAAAACACUUUAAAUACUCACUCAGGGGAGAAAAAAAAAAAAAAUUGUUGGUGCUGUGGUAUUUCAGUGGAGGCCACAAACAAUAAUGCCAAGAACCUUUUAUCUAGAGGAGAAUAGAAAGUAACAUUUGGAAGAGCCACAAACCAACUACAUCAAGCCCCCACUUCUCCACCUUCCUUUCCAUAGAGAGUUUGGUUAAGGAGCAGUUUCCUGAAAGGGAUGUGCCUGAGACUUCUCAAAGCUCUGUAUCACCAGUGUCACCUCCUGUUAGAAGUUUUGCAUUGUUGGAGGGGAGACAGGAAGCUGCAGGUGGUUCCAGGACCAUGCAAAAGCAAUUGUAUGUGUCAGGGUGUGUUUUCCCUGUCUGAUAAGCUUCUGGGACAAUAGGUAGAGCAGCACACCUUCUUCAAAUGAUGCUGUCAAAAUACUUAGUAAUACAUUUAUUUUGUUAAAAUAAACUAUGUACAGUAGAGGAUAUUAAUGUGCAGUUACAAUAUACAAUAAUUACAUGUUUAAAGGAGAUAAGCUAAAGAGUACAGAAUCGUGCUGUAAAUAGGAAACUAAUACUGUUUACAUCGUUUUUAAAAUAUGCAAAACAAUUCCUGGAAAAAUGAUUUUCCCUGGUUUGAAAUUUUAUUGCUUUGAGUUGAAUUUCGAAGAUUUGGUUCAUCUUUGAAAAGGCUUAACAUCGCUCAGAAGUCAAACACAGCUUUCCAGUAUUUGUUCUUUGGUUUUACCACCCCUAUACUCCAGAGAUAUUGCACAUAGCAACUUGUAAGAGAGAAAUUCUAUUGCUCACAUCAAGUAAAUAACUGUUUUUUCUUAAUAUGCUAACAGCUGAUGGUGCUGCGUUAGGUCCUGAUUUGGUCUGAAGUCGUUGCAUUUGUUUCACAGUCAAACUCAGUGUGAAUAAGUUGUUGCACUGGUACUCUAAGUAUUGCUGAGGUGUUAUGGAAAAGGGAAGAAAAAAAACGUUCUCAGGGAAGCAGGGAGUCUCUAUGCAGUGAAAUGCCUGUACAAGUGCAUCAACAUCAUAACAGAUUCAACUGGAUUCAGUCAUCCUUGCACUUAAGGACAGUUCAGGUCUGUCUCCCUGCUCCACACUCUGCAGCCUUCCUCUUGGAAGCUCUCCCAGUCACAAGGUGCUGCUGAACUCCACGAGUCCCAGUGUGACUCCACAAGGGUACCUCCAAGCCCUGUCCAUGGGCCAUGCCAUAGGGACGAGGGCAGGUGACUUGUGCCUUCCACCUGACAACCUGGCCUCGCUUCCUAAGGUCACUUUUACUCAUGAGUGAAUUAGUCUUGGCAGCUUUAGGUUAGUGCUUGUUCAUGAAUUAAUAUUUACAAGUUUGUUGAAAUUUUGGGCUCAUUUACUCCAUACUGGCAGGACAGUUCCAUGUCCUGCCAAUUCAGUAAUGCUGGUAGAGCAGCUGCCUCCUUGGGGCAAGUGUGUUGGGAGAGUCGGUGUGACAGUCACAUGUGGAUAUGGCUUACACUCAGACUACUUUGGAAGAUAUCAGACAACAGUUUCUACCAGUACAACAAUUUCUAUCAGUACAAAUAACUGUUGUGCCGGGAGAUCUGAAAACUGCAGGCUUGUGGCAAUAGUCUGCUGUGAAUUCAUUAACCUCUGAUCAAAGUCAAAAUUUGCCAGCGAUGACAUCAGGGAGAGCUCAAACUGAUCAUCGACAAAACCAAUCCACAAUUCAAUCUGGCAUCCUGAAUGCUACCAUUCCACUGGGAUGAAAUGAAAUUUAAUGACAGCAAUGCGUGCAGUGUCAAACUCAGCAAAGAAAUAUGUUUGUCUUGGUAUUACCCUGUUAAUGUAAUCAUUUUCACCUUCAGCUUCACUGAUGGUUGAAAACGGGAGUUACAAAUCCCAUCUCCAAAGCUUGAGCUAAAGAUCAGAUCAGCAAAGUCUUCUGAUGCCUAAUUUCUUUAGGGAGUAAGCAAACAGCAGCCAAGAGGUACAAAAGAUUCCUGGACCUGGUUCAGUAUAUUGGUGUUCUCAAGUCUUUUUCAGUCACACACACACACACACACAAAAAAAAAAAAAAGGACAGAAAAAGAGGAAAUACAAAGAGACUCAAAUGCUUUCCACAUUUGUCAUACGUGGAGCCCACUGAAAUCUUCCAUUGUCCUCACGAGAAUUGAAAUGAAGCCAGAACACUGCAUCUUUGAAAAUCCCGUCCUGAAAUUGGAGUUGGAAGCAGCGGCCAAACACCGCAUUGUGGUGCUGGAAGGACGGGGGAAUCAUGCUCAGUGUUAUUUCUGUUAAUAGUAUUUUCAAAGGCAAAGGGAUUUUUCACCACUGACAGCAAUUCAUACGAGUUUUUGCUUGUUGCUCUGUGAUAGAUGGUCUUGUGAGCUGAUUUGGCUCUUGCAAAGGGUUUUUGACUCUAAUUUGAGGCUGGGGAUCCUGGAACUACCCAGGAAAAAUAUAUUCUUGCUCACAGAUUUCUGAAAGCUUUAACUGAAGAAAGUAGAAUGAAAAUAAUAAUCAUAAUUUUAAACAAAUCCUAAUUAUGGGCAUUCCCUUAACAUCUUAAAGUGAAAUUUCAUCAUGGUGUGGCUCUGGGUCCUGAUUUUGCAGCUCUCCAAUUGAGCAGAAGAGAAGAUGCUGUUCUUCUGUCACAUUCAUUCCUCCUAAUCUAUAUUUUUUAUCCAAACUUUCUGAUUCGAAAAUGUUUCUAUUUGUGUUUUGUUUCAUUAGGUGAACAGAGCUGAGAUCAGCAGCCACUACUGAAAUUGCUGGGAGGCUUUUUCCUGCCCUCACAGAGUCUCUAUUCACCAAGAGAAAAACAGGCAUUUAUAGCUGAGUUAUCUCCACUUUUACUUAGAGCACAAAUGUAUCUGGAAUUUAUCUGACAGAGGUUGGUCCAUGCUCACCUCCUGUCACAGCAAAUACCCCUCUGCUCCCGUACAGAUGUAGACCCAGAAAAUGUUCUGCUAUUUAUAGAUUAUAUGUUUUAAGCAAGAUAAAACAAACUGCACCUACUUUUCAGGCAAAGAAAGAAAAUAUAGGGAGCAAUGCAUGUGCAGCCAGAUUCCUGCAUUUCAGCCUGCUCAGAGAACAGAUGGUCCCUGGGCUAAUAGGAGCAUAUGUUGCGUGGCUUUGGUAGAAAAGGCAAAUGUGCUUUCUCCAUUUGUGCUUGUGGUUCAGACCAGCCUGCCUUGGGGCAGCUUGAUGCCAUUGCAGUUUAUUUUUAAUCCAGAUGGGUUUUGGUACAGUGAGUCAGGAGGUAUUUGCUGUGCCACUGGGGAAAAAAAGCUGAAGAAAAGGUCAUGGACUACCAGUAAGCUAUGUGAGCAAAUGGGCAUCUUUCAUAUUUGAUUAGAAGGACGUUUAUUGAUGGAAGUGCCAGCUCACAUGGUGAAAAUACAUCUUCUAGACACACACACUGUGUGUAAUUGGCCACUGUGUUGCUUGCUGUAUGCAAUACUGGGUGUGAUGAUAGGGGGCAAUGGUAGAAAUUGUUUGCAAGAACUUCUACAACCUUUUCCAAGCUCCUGUAAAGGCUCUCAAAUUGGGUCUCUGGAGUCUUGAGACAGUAUCUUGGGUGAGAUCUUGACAGCUGUGUUUGUUUUGAGCUGAAGCAGUGCUUUAAAAGGGGAGAAAUGUGUGAAAUAUCAAUGACAGCUGCUGAAUGAUUGUUGCAAUGGUGCUGCUGGACGCAGUGUGAAUUCUGUAGUUCCCACUUAGCAAAAGGAGCUUCCUUUCUCAGCUAUGCUAAUCCUUUGUCACUCUUCCAGUGUGCUGAAGUAGAAGAUGAGUGCCAGCUCUAUUAUAAGUUGAGGGAAUGAUCUGUAUCGUGCCUUUGGCACUAAUAAGGCCUAAUUCCAAGUGGCACAAAAUGUAAAAGAUUGGUGAUGAGUUGGUGGUUAGACUAGAUGAUCUUAGUGCUCUUUUCCAACCUUCGUGAUUUUAUGAUUCUAUAGUAAGCUUUUUAUUUCUUGUACUGAUGAAACUGGUUGCUCUUCAUGAGCUACACAUCUCUGUGACAGUCAGUAUUGCAUCCAGGACAGCUGGGGGAGCUCAGACUGAGAGCUGUUCUCCACCUCUCCUGGAGGACACAGGAUCGUGGCACUUAGGCUUGGUGGA